UUAUAGGGUCACACUAAUCAGUUGUUUUUUCACGGCAACGCCAUUUAUCGCUCGUUUUAAACGUUUUUUUUCGCGAAUAAAACAAAGCCCAGACCCCAGGAUGUUGGCCCUCAUCAAUAGGAUCCUCGACUGGUUCAAGAGCAUCUUCUGGAAAGAGGAGAUGGAGCUGACGCUGGUGGGGCUGCAGUUCUCGGGCAAAACGACGUUCGUCAAUGUUAUUGCAUCUGGCCAAUUUGCCGAGGACAUGAUACCCACAGUUGGCUUCAACAUGCGCAAAAUCACCAGGGGCAAUGUGACGAUCAAGGUGUGGGAUAUUGGCGGCCAGCCCCGAUUCCGCUCCAUGUGGGAGCGCUAUUGUCGCGGUGUUAAUGCGAUUGUCUACAUGGUGGAUGCUGCCGAUCUGGACAAAUUGGAGGCUUCGAGGAACGAGCUGCAUUCGCUGUUGGACAAACCGCAGCUCGCCGGCAUUCCAGUGCUCGUGUUGGGCAACAAACGUGAUCUUCCAGGCGCCCUCGAUGAAACCGGGCUCAUCGAACGCAUGAAUCUUUCAAGCAUACAGGACCGUGAAAUCUGCUGUUAUAGUAUUUCGUGUAAGGAGAAGGACAACAUUGACAUAACGCUGCAGUGGUUAAUUCAACAUUCGAAAAGCCAAAGUCGUUAGAUAACGAACACACAACCUCCCUACCCUCUACACACACAUACACACAAUACACACACACACACACACAUUUAGGCACUAUCUCACACAGAACAACUAUAUAUACACAUAUAUACUAAUAAUAAUUUGCAGAGUGAUGAAUAAUGAGCAAAGCCAGCAAUAAGCCAACUAUUUGGGGUAGAUCGGUUGAUAGAAUGUUUCCAAGUUCAAAAAGGGAAACUAAGAAAGACAACUAGAAUACACAGCGAGAAAUAACUAUAUGCCUUGAUGAUGAUCUGUUUGUACGUAUGUCUGUUUGUAUGUUUAUGUGUAAUUUCGCAGUGCAGAGUUUGGGUGCUCGAUUGUCUCGAAUUUGUAGACUCACAAAGGGAUGAUGCUUAAAUGAAUUCUGUGUACGUUGUAAGUUUUGUUAGUUAAUCUAUGACCCCACUACCACACACCCAAAACACACACACACGCAAACACACACAACCCCGAAGACAACAGCGUGUGUAUUUAGUACGACCAAGUAUCUCCAAUGGAAAUCUUUCGCUUUUGCCUCUACAAAUCUGUUGCCGUGUCCACGUUUAGUUAGUCUUAUGUUUAGUGUUUAUUGGUGUGAUUAUUAUAUACAUAAAUAUUAUUUUUAUCCUUUUUGUAUACAAUAUAUAA